GUUCGAACUUUCAGCCGACACUUAUUUGUGAUUGGUUCAGAAUCCAUUUCUUUGAAUUGUAGCGAAUAGAUGACAGGUAAGGUAGACGACGAAAAGUGGAAAGAGACAUUGGAUUGGAUUCACUGACUACUUUAUUCGGGAAAAGAUCGAGAGGCGUAAGGACGUUGUUUGUCGUUGUAUAUUAUAUCCAAACUUUAAUAAAUAAUCGCAAAAAUGCCCCGCAAAUUUGUCGUUGGUGGUAACUGGAAGAUGAAUGGAGAUAAAAAUAUGAUAAAUGAAAUUAUAAAUAAUAUGAAGAAAGGUCCUUUGGAUAAGGAUGUUGAGGUUAUUAUUGGAGUACCUUCCAUCUAUCUUACUUAUGUAAAGAGUAUCGUACCCGAUACAAUCCAAGUUGCCGCCCAAAACUGCUGGAAAGUUCCAAAGGGUGCUUUCACAGGUGAAAUUUCACCCGCUAUGUUGAAAGACAUCGGUGUUAACUGGGUUAUCAUUGGACAUUCCGAACGCAGGACAAUCUUUCAUGAAAAUGAUAAUCUAGUAGCUGAAAAAGUGGCACAUGCUCUUGAGUCUGGCAUGAAAGUGAUUGCUUGUAUUGGUGAGACCUUGGAAGAAAGAGAAGCGGGAAAGACUGAAGAAGUUGUAUUCAGGCAGACUCAGGCAUUGGUGUCGGCUAUUGGUGACAAAUGGGCCAAUGUUGUGCUUGCCUAUGAACCGGUCUGGGCUAUCGGUACUGGAAAAACUGCUUCACCGCAGCAGGCUCAAGAAGUACAUGCUUCAUUACGUAACUGGUUGGCAACUAAUGUGUCAGCUGAAGUUGCUGAUGCUGUACGUAUUCAAUAUGGCGGCUCUGUCACCGCCACCAACGCUAAGGAAUUAGCUACUUGUGCCGAUAUUGAUGGUUUCCUUGUAGGCGGUGCAAGUUUGAAACCGGAGUUUGUUAACAUUGUUAACGCUACCAAGUAAAUUUCUAUACAUUGUUUAGCAUUUCUUGAUGUAUGUAACUGUAUCAAUGUUGCAAAUAUUAAAUCUGUGUGAAUUAAUUUGAUUUGAUGUACUGUUUGUUGUACUGAUCAAGUGAUAUAUUAUUUUAUAUGUGAUUUGGAGCAGCAAAGAAGUAUAUAGACUAAAAUAUAUGAUUAAUAGUGGGUUUCUGAGACCUAAAUCCCAUUUAAAAUAUAUUACUAUCUCUGUCGCCUUA